AUGGUUGCAGCUGGAGAGCGACUUCAGGAUGCACACGCGGGAGCUCAGACGGGAGCCUUGCAACGAGAUACAGAAGGUUCUGAAAGCAAGAUUAUGGAUUUAUCAAAGAGGAUAUCUUAUCUUGAGGUAGACACCGGAGAGGUACUCCCAUCAGGCAAGGUUCCCACAGAGGACACCAGAAAAGCAGCAAGCCCGCCGACGGGUUGGGGAACCCAGAAGGAGCCAGACCAAGCAACAGGUGAAGAGAUGCGGAAAGCAUUACAGGACUUGCGCCAGGAAGUCAAACAUUGGCUGGAAACAUUCAAGUCCAGUGUGAUCCAAGCUCUUCAGACAAAGCCAGACAUUGAGCAAGUGAUCGACUUCAUCAAACAGGUUGCAGCCCCAUCUAGUGAAAGCAUUGCUCUUUUCGCCAAGCGCCAACUUCUAGGCAAGUGCGCAUCUUGCGAAGCCCCCAUAGAUGUGGAUUUGAUGAGGGUGAAGCGGCCACAGCCAAUCGGGUUGCAAGAGCCAUGGCCGCCUGGCGAAAACCUGGGAGCCAAGGUGGCAAUCAGACCAUUGAACGCCCCGUUGAGUCCAAGCUCAUCUAGGCUCCCAAAGAUCGAGCCUCGCCACAGAGAGACCAAAAAGGGAAUGAAGCCGAGUGCUUCAACGCCUGAGCUUCGAAAGGAACAGGAGCCAGAAUGA